CAAUUUGACAGUUCUGUAAGAAAUAAUAAAACGAAAAAAACUGGAAAUUUGUUUGCAAUAAAAAAGUACAGAAAUUUAUUUUUAAUUAGUUGUUCAAUGUGGGAAUAAACUUACUUCACGAUUCAGAAACAUGUGGGACUCUUCUAUGUUUUUGAGUACAUUAACACCUAAAUUUUAUGUAGCAUUAACCGGCACAUCAAGUUUAAUUUCUGGAUUAAUUCUUAUAUUUGAAUGGUGGUAUUUUCGCAAAUAUGGAACGUCUUUUAUUGAACAAAUAUCAAUUAAUCAUAUAAGUCCAUGGAUAAACGGCAGUGACAAUGAUUCAAGUAAUAGUAACAAUGGAAAUGGUUCAGCACAUCAACAAAUUGAAUGUAAGGUUUGGAGAAAUCCUUUAAACUUAUUUCGUGGUGCGGAAUAUCAAAGAUUUUAUUGGGCAACAAAUAAAGAACCUGCAACAUAUUAUGAUAUGAAUUUAAGUGCACAAGAUCAUCAAACGUUUUUUACGUGUGAAGGUGAUGCUGGAAGAGCCGAGUAUGAAAUUAUGCAAACAGCAUGGAGAGAAAGAAAUCCACUAGUAAGAAUAAAAUCUGCACACAGUGCGCUAAAAAUCAAUGUUGAUUGUGCUCCAGCAUACAUUUUAUUAGCAGAAGAAGAGGCAACUACAAUUAUAGAAGUUGAAAAAAUACUGAAAAUUGCGCUUAAAGUUGCAGAACAAAAUUAUAGGAAGUCACAAAGCGUUCAACAUCAGGGUUCUCUAGCGGAAGGUCGUUAUAGAAGGGAUACAAAUGUUUUAAUUUAUAUUAAAUGGCGCCUAGCAAUGUGUGCUCGCAAAUUAGGUAAACUAAAAGAAGCGGCAAAAAUGUUUCGAGAUUUAACAAAAGAAAUUUUGCCAUCAAUUAUGAAUGUUUUAAAUAUUCAUGAGAAUUUAAUAGAAUGCUUACUAGAAAUGCAAGCAUACGCUGAUUGUCAAGCUGUUCUUGCCAAAUAUGACGACAUAUCGUUACCAAAAUCUGCAACUAUCUGUUAUACAGCAGCAUUAUUAAAAGCCAGAGUAGUAGCAGAUAAAUUUUCACAAGAUAUUGCAUUUAAAAGAGGUUUAAGUCCUGCUGAAUUGAUGGCAGUAGAAGCAAUUCAUAGAGCCGUAGAAUUUAAUCCCCAUGUACCAAAAUAUUUAUUAGAAAUGAAACCUUUGAUAUUACCUCCAGAACAUUAUUUAAAACGAGGCGAUUCUGAAGCAUUAGCGUAUGCAUUCUUUCACUUAUCGCAUUGGAAAAAUGUAGAAGGUGCGUUAAAUUUACUGCAUUGCACUUGGGAAGGGACAUUCCGAAUGCUACCAUAUCCGCUGGAACGUGGACAUUUGUUUUACCCAUAUCCAACAUGUACAGAAUGCGCAGAUCGUGAAUUAUUACCAUCGUUUCAUGAAGUGUCCGUUUACCCGAAAAAGGAAUUACCAUUUUUCAUUUUGUUCACGGCAGGCUUGUGUAGCUUUACUGCAUUAUUAGCUCUGCUUACAAGCUAUUAUCCAGAACCUAUGGGUAUAAUUGCACAAACUGUACUUAACUGGAUCUCAUUACCAUUUCAGCUUAUAAAAGAACGAAUAGAAGCAAUAUGGCCCUGCAAUUUGUUGCAACAAUUAUCAAGAAUCUAAUUUUAAAAUAAUAAAUUAAAUUUUAAACUCAAAACUGACAUUGUAUAUUGCGUUAAAUAAUAGACUUUUUUUCUUUAACCAUAAUAAAACUACAAAAGCAGUUUUGAAUUUUGAAAUAAAGCAUGUAAGAUUUUAAUUUUAUAAACAUUAACUGUAAUCCACUUUUUAGUUACUUAAUUUAUUUUAGUGUAGAAAAAUUGAUUUUUAAAUUUUUGUUUGAAUAUAAAUAAAAAUUAAAUGAGUAUGUAAA